CCUCGAUUCCUGAGGCACCGCCCGCUAUGCCCCCACUACCGCUCUAGGCUCGACGGCCAAGCCGCCGAUCGCGCGCGUGGCCUUGUGUCUCAGGAGCGUCCUGCGAUAGAUAUGCCUGGAUCCAUUCGCGUGAUUAAAAUUUUUCUUGCGCUGUGAAUAAUUUUUUUAUUUUUACACACAAUUAAAGUUAUUAAUAUUAUUUUUACGUCUAUAAACAUAUUUGUAUGUACAUAUAAUGACAAUAAUAAAAUAUAAUGUAAUAAUUGUAAUUUUGUCAAUAGCUUUCCACAUCAUCCAGAAGGGAUAUACUAUUAUUGACGCGUUUUUUUUUAAGUGGUUUCCCUUAUGCCUAUUCAACUAAACGAUAAUAAGAACGAUAAUAAAGUAUGUGACUUGGCAAGAAAAUUGUACUCGAAACGUAUUAAUUUUUAUUUGAUCUUUUGGGUUGUUUGCACGAUUCUACAAGAAAUAGUAUAUCCACAGAUAAUUUAGAAGAAUUAAUUCGUAUCAACGAGGAUAAUGAUGUAUCGCUUUUCUGUGAAAGACGAACGUUUUUCUGUAUUUAUAUUUUUUAUUAACAUGGAAAAAAUUCAAAGAUGAAAGUUUCGGAGACGUGGACAACACGAUGCAUCUAAAAUUUUGAAGAACUCAACUGUCUUUUCUAACCGUGCUUUCAAAGAAAGAUUAUGUCGCAAAUCGCAAGUUCUGCCUGAAAUUCUAGGCUUUAUUUUUCGAUUUGCACAGCGAGAGGAUUCUCAAACAGAAAUAAAUCAUUUCUUAGCGUUUCGAAGUCAUUGAAACGCGUAUCAAAUUGAUUUAUUAGAGAAUUGAUUAUAUUUAUAUACUUUUUAAAAUUACAUUCUGUGCCAUAUUUUUCGAAGAGAAUCUGGCAGGACGGAAAAAAGUGAAGAAUAUUGUUUUUAAUUGACUUUUGAAUAAUUGUAACUUAUUGCAAAAUAAAUUGACAUGACUAACUAAUUGAGAAAUUAUUUGAUCGGUCUUUUACAGCUUUAAAUUCAGAAUAUUUAAAUGGUUUGUCAUGUCAGUUAUGAGAGCAAGUUUGCAAAGCGAGUUUACAUUCUGGAAAAAAGAUUUAACUUCUUCAUAUUUUGCAGCAAAGUUUUCUUGCAAGAAAAAAAAGAUCUCUUUUCUUAUUGCAAAGUACGUUAUAUUAUGUUCUUGAAGAAAUUGCUGAAAAAGAAUUGUUUUUUAUGACUGAGAAAUUUUUAACCACUUUUAAUAAUAUUAAUGAUUUUUCACUUAAGGGAAUGCUAGCAGCUUCUUCAAGAGUCGAUGAAUUUCUAAAUGACUACUGCUGCGAUGAGGCAUUUCUUUACAAAUUUUUCCUUGUAGAAUGACUUGAAAUUUUUUGCGAUUAAAUUUGAAAUUGCAUAUGAGGCUUUAAGAGCUUGUACUGAAGAUGUAGCAUUCGAUAUUCGAACUACACCUUCUUAAUAAAUCAAUUUGAAUCCUUCGAUUAAGUUAAACUUCUCCUCGUCUACAUACUUCGAGUACUCGUGCAAAUGCUUAAUCUUAUAAUGCCUAAACAGGGCGUAUUUUUUAACAAUAUUGGGUUUAUGUAAGUCAAUUGAGCAUUUUUGUUCGAAUCGUGCAAAACGAUUUUUCACAUGUCAAGGAGCUAUUAGAUUUCGUUCCAUUGCAUUCAAGAACAACAGGCUUGGAUAUUUUCAAAGCCGUUGAUCAAACUUUAAAAAAGUUUGAUACUAAUUUUGUUAAAUGUUCAGCUAUCGUUACCGAUGGUGCAAAAGCAAUGAUUGGUGCAAAGAAUGGAUUAUUCGGUCAAAUAAAGCAGCGAGUUAAAGUUCCCUGUCAUUCAUUGCGUAAUUCAUCAAGAAGCGUUAUGUGGGAAAAUUGUGAAACUAUCCACGGCAAUGCAAACCGUGACAAAAAUUAUCAAUACUAUUAAAGGUGGUCAAAAAUUUCUUAGUCAUAGAAAGUUUCAGCAAUUUCUCCAGAAACAUAACGCAACAUACACAGAUGUGCCUCUAUAUUGUGAAGUUCGGUGGCUCAGUGCAAAAAGAUGCUUAGAAAAAUUCUUUGCAAUAAGAAAAGAGAUCUUCCUUUUCUUGCAAGAAAAUUUUGCUGCAAAAUAUGAAGAAUUCAAAUCUUUUUUCGAGGAUGUAAACUCGCUUUGCGAGCUUGCUCUCAUAACUGACAUGACAAAUCAUUUAAAUAUUCUUAAUUUAAAGCUGCAAAAGACCAAUCAAGUAAUUUCUCAAUUAGUUAGUCAUGUCGAUUCUUUUCGUAGAAAAUUACAAUUAUUUAAAAGUCAAUUAGAAAGCAAUAUUCUUCAUUUUUUUCCGUCCUGCCAGAUUCUCUUCAAAGAAUACGGCACAGAUUGUAAUUUUAAAAAGUAUAUAAAUAUAAUCGAUUCUCUAAUAAAUCAAUUUGAUAGGCGUUUCAAUGACUUCAAAACGCUAAGAAAUGAUUUAAUUCUUUUUGAGAAUCCUCUCACUGUGCAAAUCGAGAAACAAAGUCUAGACUUUCAGGCAGAACUUUGCGAUUUGCAACAUGAUCUCUCUUUAAAAGCACGGUUAGAAAAGGAAGUUGAGUUCUUCAAAAUUUUAGAUGCAUCGUGUUAUCCACGUCUCCGAAACUUUGGUCUUCGAAUUUUCUCCAUGUUUGGGUCCACAUAUUUAUGCAAAUGCUCAUUUUCUAAAAUGAAAAAUAUAAAAACAGAAAAAUGUUCAUCUUUAAGCGAUGCAUUAUUAUCCUCAUUGAUGCGAACUAGUUCUUCGAAAUUAUCUGUGGAUAUACCAUCCCUUGUAGAAUCGUGCAAACGGCCCAGAAGAUCAAAUGAAAAUUAAUACGUUUCGAGUUCAAUUUUCCUGCCAAGUCACAUAUUUUGUAUCGUUUAGUGGAAUAGGCCUAUAGGGGAAACCACUUAAAAAAAACGCGUCAACAAUAGUACCUCUUGGGUGAUGUGGAAAGCUAUUGACAAAAUUGCAAUUAUUACAUUAUAUUAUAUUAUUGUCAUUAUAUGUACAUACAAAUAUGUUUAUAGACGUGAAAAUAAUAUUAAUAACUUUAAUUGUGUGUAAAAAUAAAAAAAUUAUUCACAGCGCAAGAAAAAUUUUAAUCACGCGAAUGGAUCUAGGCAUAUCUAUCGCAGGACGCUCCUAAGACACAAGGCCACGCGCGCGAUCGGCGACUCGGUCGUCGAGCCUAAAGCGGUAGUGGGGGCAUAGCAGGCGGUGCCUCAGGAAUCGAGGCGAAAUGUGCAACUAAUUCCGAGCACUGAUUUAAAUUAUUUGUACAAAUAAAAUAAUAAAAAUAAUAAUACAUAAAAAAUUUUACAUAAACACAUUUCAAAAUUGGACGAAAUCAAUUAGCCAAAUAUAUUUGAUAAAAAGACUUAAAAAAAAUCUUAUAAAAUCUAUCAAAAAGUUAUUUGGGAAUGUUAUUAAUAAUAACAGAUAAUUGCAUUCUUGUAUACAUAUAUACUUAUUGAUAUCAAUAACAUAGUCUUGGAAAUAUUUAAAAAAUGCGAUCCGAACACGCCAAGUUUUUGCUUCUAUAAUAGUAUAAACACAUUCUAUAAACACAUUCGCCCAACAUUUAUUUAUCUCUUCUCUGCCACAAAAUGCAUUUCCACUCUCCAUCUCAUUCAUUCUCCUUCACUCUCUCUACCUGCUUUCAUCCCUCACCCAUCCCUCCUCUCCUUUCUCAUGCCUCUUCCUUUCCACCAUCCUCAUUCACUAUCCUCCUUUCCCUUCUUCUCCCAAUACCUUUUUUACCUCCUCUGCCAAUUUCCUCCUUCCUCCACUUCUCAAUCUCUACACAUCUACCACACGUUUUCAACUAUCUACCUCUCCUCCACAUAGCCUGCACAUCCUUUCCUUUUCCUCCUCCCAGUUUCUACUCUCCCUUAUCUCAUUCCCCAAUCUAAAUCUCGCUACCCUCUGCCGCCUACUUUCCCCUCAGGCUUUCUUCAAAUAUCCCGGGAUUUCUUCUCCUUUUAUUUCUCUAUACCAUCUAUUAUACCUUUAAUCCUUAAUCUUCUCCCAUCUACCUCUCUUCUGCUUCUUCUUUUCUUCUUUUUUACAUUAUAACCAUUUUCCCCCUCUCUUCGCCUUUCCACUUCCUCUACAUCUAAACCUAUAUACUCUCAAAAAAUUCUUUUCUCUCUCCUUCCCGACUCACUCUUACCCUUCCUUUGCUUCAUUUUCCCUCAUCUCAUCCAGACACCUCCUUGCCAGAACACUUCCUCUUCCCUCCUCCAGUCUCUCUUUAAAGCUCCACGCUCUUCUUCCCGCUUUUCCCUCAAACUUGUUUCUAUGCAGCUCUUCUCUUACCAAAUAUCCCGGUGUCCUCCUUUCCACUCAUAAAAUUCAUCUUAGAUAUCGUUCUUCUAUUCCCUGAAUCUUUCCCCUCUCCUUCCAACCCAUAACACGUCACUGUCCAUACUAGUCUAUCGAAGACCCACAAUCUUCUCUCCCAGUCUCCUCCAAAUUUCCCUCCAAUAAAAGUGGCAAGUUUUCGGUCGAAAAAGAAAAAAUUUUGUUUUAUAAUAAAUUUUAUGUUUAAUUCUUAGUAUUUAUUGUUUCUUUAUUCGUAAUACAUGUUCAUAUGAUAUAAGAGUGUAAGUUACAAAUUGCCACGUAAUACUUUAUUGACGACGCAAAUAUUCUUCCCAGCGCGUCUACCGACCACAAGUGGAACUAACAUAAAUCAGACAGUCUGCGUGAGUAUUUGACAGCUCUUGUAUGUAAAAAUUAAUAAACAAUAUAAUAAAUACAUACGGAAAAUCUAAUUAUAAAGAUGUGGAAAAACGUGUUACUACGUAUUGUUGUUACGUAUUAUUUAUUUAUAUAAACAUGGAUAAAUCUGCAAAAGAUUUGAAUACUUCUAAGCAAGUAAUAAAAGUUAUUAUUUAUGAUAUCCCUUUCUUUCUUUGUUUUUUUAUUAUUUUAUUAUAUAAUGUUAUGUUAUAUUCACCAAAAAAAUACUAUUAAAGAUCGCUAAACUUAUGGAAGUUCACGUCACUAUUAAAAUUUAAAAUAAUUAAGACUAAGACAUUUAAUAAUAUAAUAUUCAUUAUAUGAUUUAUUAUUAUCCUGUUUUUUAUAAAUAUGUAUUUAUAUUUAUAAUUCAACGUUUUGUAUUUCAUUUAAAACUGUAAUUUUAAUGUUAUCAUCUAAGACUAAACAUAGAGAUAAUUGUACAAAAAGAAUUCACAGCAAUAUACAGGGUAUGUAUAUGUGUUUAUAAAACAUUUAUACAAGAAGUAUAUAAAAGAAUUUAACUGGAGUUCCUUUAAUAGUCACAAAAGUUUGCCUUAAAAUUUAUACAAAAAAUUUUUUAAUAAAGUUAUAUAAAAUUACAACUAUCGCUGCAAAUAAUUUUGAAAAUUAUACAAGUUGUCUACGCGUUUGUAAAUUUGUCGUGUACAAGUAAAAUUAAUUUCUUGUAAAAGUAACAUUUAACACAAAAAAAAUUAAUUUUAUUUGCACACUACAAAUAAUU